AAUUAGGUGCUCACAGAGGCGGUUCCAAGAAGUAUUGAUUAGGGGUGACAAGGAAGGGAGAACCGAGAUUGGGAAGGAGGCGACUCGAGUGUGGUCGGCGGUGGUAAGGUUGCGGGUAACGCCUGAAAACAUGUGGAAUCCCAACUCGGGACAACCAGGGCCAAAUCAAUACCCUCCCCCAGCCGGCUGCUACCCGGGAGGUCCCAAUCCACCACCCCCCUGCAAUCCGGCUUUUCCUCCGGGUCCCCAUCCCCCUCCAGGACCUCCCCACUGCAAUCCAGCUUUCCCCCCAGGUGGGCCUCAUCCUCCUCAUCAUCCUCCUCAUCAUCAUCCUGUGCCACAGCCAGGAUGUCCAGGCUGCCAUCCUCCAGGUCCCCACCCUGCUCCCUACCCGCCUGGCCCCGGCAUGCCUCCUGGGCCAGGAAUGGUGAUGGAUAAGAAGAUGCGCAAGAAAAUGAAGAAAGCUCACAAGAAGGCACACAAACACCACAAACAUGGCAAGCACUCCUCCUCCUCCUCCUCCUCCAGCAGUGAUUCUGACUGAAUGCAGGGCCCGGACCCUCCCCUCAAGCCUCACCAGUUCUGCUCUCCCGCCAAGCUUCAGAUGCCAUGUUGUCCUGGGCUCCAUAGCCCCGGGUCCUGCACCCCCGCAACCCACCCCGCCUGAGCCUUUCUUUACCCUGCUGUUCCGGGCCCCCGACUGCCUAGGGAAAAAAACAGGAAGAAGAUCGACAAGGG